AUGGAUUUAUCAUCAUCGAACUCUACAUCAUCCGAAGGAGAUCGACGUCGUAAUAAGAAGAGGAAAAAGUCUGCAACGAAAAAACUUCGACGGGAAGUUAAAAAACUGAAAAAAGAUCUGGCAAAAAUGAAGCGUCAUCGUUCGCGUGCACCGUCGAGAUCGCCCAAGACCUCUAUUGUUGAGCGUACCCCGAAAGGAUCGUCGCACGACAAGGCGUGGCAUCAUCGGGAGCGUGAGUAUAGGGACCGAGAGUCCAGAUCUCCCAAAAGGUACAGCUACGAGCGUUAUCCGCGAGAAACGCCUAGCAUUGACCGGAGCAGAAGGGACGACAGUGAGCGCAGUCGGAGAGGCUCGCCACGAUCUCCCCGACGACGCUCUAGAUCUAGAAACCGCCGUUCAAUAGAAAGGCAAAAUGGAGGCAAUCGAAACGGUGCCGUUGAUCCUGUGAACAAAAAUGCAGCUAACGCAACACAGUCGAUAACUGAAGAGCAGAAGUUGCUCAAUCUAUUAGGAGAUGGCCCUCCUCCUGAAUGUUCGUACAGUGCUACCAUCCAUGGAUCAAUUGCCGAGUUAUGGACCAAAAUACUCCAAGCAGGUAAACAAAAUAAAGUUGUAAAUAUUAUCGCAAGAAAAACAUCAGCAUCUGUAACAAUUGUAAAACUUUAUAUUGAGCCAUAA